GCCCUGCGAGAGCAGAGUGAGCCGGGCAGAGGCAGGUGCACUUUGGGGGGCCUCACUUCUAAUAGAAAACCCAGAGGGGGGCUGCGGAUGGUGCAGGAGAGAGGGUCUCCCUGCUGGGGCCCCUCCUGGCAUUGCGCUGGGCCAGUUCCCUCCCCGAAGCCUGCUGCUCGCUACUGCCGCCUCCCAGCGUCAGGGCCCCUGCCGCAGUUGUUUAGCGGGCUGGCGGGGGUCCCGGGCCAGCCGCCAGGGCCGGAGACGUCCUGAUGGGGAACAUGGGACCUCCUCCUUGGGGCCAGGGAGCCCCCUCCAGGAGACCAGCGCCCAAAGCGCACGCCUUUCCGCUGGUGCUGUACCUCCUCUUCCUGGAGUCCCCCCGCUGUGCCCCAGCCCUGCCAUCCUGCAAAGAGGAGGAGUACCCAGUGGGCACCGAGUGCUGCCCCAAGUGCAGCCCCGGCUACCACGUGAAGCAGGCCUGCGGGGAGCUGACGGGCACGGUGUGUGUGCCCUGCCCCCCGAGGACCUACACCGCCCACCACAACGGCCUGAGCGAGUGUCUGCCCUGCAGAGUGUGCGACCCAGAGCCGGGUCUCCAGGCACCAAGUCGGAUGUGUGGACGCAGGAAAUUCACGUAUUGGGCUGCAAGCCAAGGCCACUUCUGGGAGGACGGUGACCACUGUGCCGCAUGCGCGUCCCACAGCUCGUGCCGCCCGGGCCAAGAGGUACAGGAGAGAGAGCUGUCGACCAGCCCAGCCGCCCCAGGCCCUGCGAGCGGGGACGCCAGGUCUGCGCGAGCAUCGUGCCCGUCACGGUGCCCGCGCCGCUGGCACCCAGGCUCCGCGGCUGCUCUCACGCAGGUGCAGCGGCUGGCGUGUCACAGAGACACCUGGGACCAGCAGCUCGGAUGCCACCUGCUCCUUGAAGACGUCGCUUCUUGGGGUCAUUUCUGUUGUUGCUCUUGUUUCCAUGCUUGGCCCGGUGACAUUCUACUUGUGGAGAAGAACAAAGGCCAGGGGCGCCGUGGCCAAGGUAAUGGUCUCCCCCAGCGGGAGGUGCAGGACACCGAGGGCGAGGCCACGGACCUGCAGGCCCCGCCGGACGUCACCACGGUGGCCGUGGAGGAGACGUCGCCCAAGUUCCCAGGGAGGGACCCGAACUGCUGACCCACGGGCUCCGGGACCAGACCUCUGAGGCAUCUCAGACGGCCGACACCUGCUGAAACCUGCCGCCCACCCGGUGAGGCCGGGGUAGCCAAGAGAGCCUGGUGGCUCCUGCCCUGCACGGGCACAGGGUUCCAGCCUGCAGGGAGACGGCGCAGGGUCAGGGCUGCAGACACCGCGCACACGCCCAGUGGACAGGGGCCGGAGCCCCUCGCCAGGACACUUCCCCGCCGCCCGAACGGCUCCCGCCUUCCAGAAUCCCGCCAGCCUCCCGUGGGAGGUGGCGGCGGGCACUACCUCACGGCGGGAGCACCGGGCUUGGCCCCGAGUGUGGCAUUAAACGAGCACCCUGUUGUUCGAAGGGCUUUUCUACCUUG